UUACCCUUAGUUUUUGUGUUUUUAAGAGGUUAACUGUGACAGAUCACACAUCACACCUCACUUUUCAGAUUUUGUCGGGAGUAUUUACAUAAAUUAUUUAUAAUUGGGCAUAUUUUUAGAAUGUCUGGAAGAGAAGGUGGUAAAAAGAAACCACUUAAGCAACCAAAGAAGACUGGAAAAGAUUUGGACGAAGAAGAUGUGGCACAUAAACAAAAAAUGAAAGAGCAACAGAAAGCUUUAGCUGAUGCGAAAGCUAAAGCAUCCCAGAAAGGUCCCUUAGCUUCAGGUGGAAUAAAAAAAUCGGGGAAAAAAUGAUAAUAAUUGACUUUGACCUCAGUAAUCUUUUCUCAAGGAAAUAUGUUUAAAUUUUAGUGUAUGUAAUUUUUAACAAUAAAGAGGUUGUGAUAAAUUUCA